ACGGCGUUUGCGCGAAACAUACGAAAUGUGAGGUUAUGUUUGAAGGAAUUAUGCACAUUGUGUGAAUAGCCAUUAUAUUGCGUAUACAAACAUUUGGAGGAUCUGAUAUAAACAUGUUUUAUCAUAUAUCGUUAGAACACGAAAUUUUAUUACACCCUAGAUACUUUGGACCUCAAUUAUUAGAUACAGUGAAACAAAAACUGUAUACUGAAGUAGAAGGCACCUGUACAGGAAAAUAUGGUUUCGUAGUUGCUGUAACAACGAUAGAUAAUAUCGGCGCAGGGAUCAUACAGCCAGGACAAGGUUUUGUUGUGUAUCCUGUUAAAUACAAGGCCAUUGUAUUUAGGCCAUUUAAAGGAGAAGUAUUAGAUGCUAUAGUGACACAAGUAAACAAGGUUGGAAUGUUUGCUGAAAUAGGGCCACUUUCAUGUUUUAUAUCGCACCAUUCAAUUCCAGCAGAUAUGCAGUUUUGUCCGAAUAUCAAUCCACCAUGCUACAAAUCUAAAGAAGAGGAUGUAAUUAUUCAACCAGAUGAUGAAAUAAGAUUAAAAAUUGUGGGCACAAGAGUCGAUGCAACAGGAAUUUUUGCUAUUGGAACAUUGAUGGAUGAUUAUCUGGGUAAAUAUUUAUUUUAUCAGCCUAUUGAUUUCUUACAAUAUUAUUCAUUUCCAUAACACAUGUUUUCUUUUCUUUUAUAGGACUUGUGUGUAAUUGAAUACAAUCAAUAUAUAGAUUAUUUUAAUGUAAGUUUUGUAUAUAAAUUAAAAUAAUAUUUUAU